GGAUAGGAUAUUGCGAAUGGUAUGAUGUCUUAACAAUUCAGAUUUCUACCAUAUAUGCACAAUUAUGGACACAACGAGUCUGCGUGGCCUGCUUAUCUAUGGAAGUCUAUGUAACUGAAAUAAUUAUGUGACGUAUACAAAAAAUAUACUCCCCCAUGUCUCAGAAAAAUAAAAUGAGGUCACAAUAUAGGUACUCACAAACUUAAAUAACUCACUAGGAAAAGAUGAUAAUUAUUUAACUGACACAAGAGUAGUUAGUGUUGCUCUUAGCCAAUGCCAAAGUCCUCUAUCCAAGUUACUUUCUGUCAUAAUAUAAUCCCCCAUAAGAGCCGGUCACCACCACCAGCAGCUGAUAGCGUGGAGAUGCAACCAAUAAAUGAAGCCACCACAAACUUAGAAGGAAGGAAAGCCACACAGGAAUAGUCUCAAAUAGCUCAGUAUGGCCUCUAAGACACUCUCAGGGCUCCAUUGCUGAUGCUGUGCUGUUUCUCCUCUUAUACGUGUUCAUAAUAAUCUUCCCUCUAUAUAUUCGUCUGCACGGGGCCAGCAUCUGAUAAGCCACCGGGAAACACAAUUAUAUAUCAGAAUUAACCAUACAGAGCCUCCUAAUUAACUUCUGCAGCCACGUAAAAGUAAAAAUGUCCAAUGCGAAGAGAUCCUGCCUGAAAUAAGGACUCCAGAUGGUGUAUUUUGCUGGUAAUUCCUGAAGUGAAGAGGAGGUUGUGUGCUUCCUGUCGAAGCCCUAAAACAUCGAAGUGGAAGAAGAAGGAUUCGAGGGCGUGUGUGAUGCUGGUAAUUCCUUGAGUAAAGACUGAAGAAGAGGCAAAAGAAGAAGAGGAAGAGGAAGAAGACUCGAGGCUGUGGUUCCUGCAGGUCACUAGCACAAACUCGAAGGGUGUAAUUCCUCCAAGUGAUUCCUGCCGAAGUAAAACCCCUGAAGAAGAAAAAGGAAGGACUCGAGGCUGUGCUUGCUACGAGUAAUUCCUUAAGUAAAAACUGAAGAAGCAGAAGAAGCAAAAGAGGAGGAAGAAGACGACCCGAGGCUGUGUUUCCUGCUGGUCACUCAAAGCAAGAACUCGAAGGCUGUAAUUCCUGCCGAAGUAAAACCCCUGAAGAAGAAACAGAAGGACCCGAGGCUCUGUUUCCUACGAGUAAUUCCUCAAGUAAAGCUUGAAGAAGAAGAAAACCGCUGGUCAUCCUUGAAGCAAAACCUCGAAGUCUGUGUUUCCUCCAGGUAACCCUGAAGUAAAUCCUGUGGUUUCUCCUGGUACUUGAGGUCCUUCCUGAGGGUGCAGUGGAGGGUCUGGCAGGAUGUGGUCAGACCAGGAGUUGGUGGAGGUGUUGAGGAGCAGUGUGCCUUACUGCCUGGUGGUGGCCCUCCCCCUGCUGCUUCUGCUGUCCCCUGUGCCUGUGGAUGCUGCCGCUGAGUUCACAGUGUUCCGCCUGCAGCAGUAUGACCUCCACGGCUCUGCCCACGGGAGCCGCAGCAGCCUGGUUAAUGUAGAGGCGAGGAGUUUAGAUGCUGGCUCGGUGGCAAGACGUUGUGUGAUAGCUCGCCUGGUGGACCUCACACCGAGCCACUACCAUCGUGUGGUGAGCCAGGGCGCCGCUGCAUUACUCAUCCUCUUGCCAGCAAACCUCACCGCACUCACUGAGGACCACCAAAUGUUGGUGCGAGAAGUGGAGGCGGCCAUGCUGGAGGCAGACUCACAGCUAGCUGUCUACCUUGCCCAUGAGACUCAGGAGCUGCUGCAGAUCUUUGAGUCAGUGCGCACGGCUACAAACACUGACUUGGCCACCUCAGCAGCAGCAGCCAUGAUGAGUUCCCUGUCCACUGACGGCUACCAGAUAGUGGUGGGUGGCAGCCAGUCCAAGCUGAUUCCAGACAUGACCAUUGCCAACAUACAGGGGAAGCUGAGUGGCUAUGGUGUUGAAGAGCAGUUGCCAACGAUAGCAAUUGUGGCGCACUAUGAUGCUUUUGGGGCAGCACCUGAGCUGGCAUGGGGAGCAGACAGCAAUGGCUCUGGUGUGGUGGUGCUGCUGGAGCUGGCCCGCAUCCUCUCUCGCCUCUACGCCUCCCCGCGCACUCACCCACGCCUCAACCUGGCCUUCCUUCUCUCUGGGGGUGGAUACAUUAACUACCAGGGUUCCAAGAGGUUCCUGGAGGACCACCUCGAUGCCUCUGACUCUCCAUUGCUCUCAGAGACUCACUACAGUCUGUGCCUAGACACCCUGGGCAGCGGCGAUUCACUCAGGCUACACGUGUCCAAGAGGCCCAAGGAGACCUCCCCAGGAUACCACUUCUACCAGGCCCUGGAGGAGGAGGGGACAAAGGCUGGGCUCGUGGUGGACAUGGUGCACCGGAAGAUCAAUCUGCAGGAGGACACUCAGGCCUGGGAACACGAGAAAUACAGCAUGAGGAGACUCCCGGCCUUCACACUCUCCAGGCUGCAGGGCCCCAGGGGUGGUGAGAGGGGCAGUAUCUUAGACACCCCAGACACUAUUGACGUGGGAGCACUCACCCGCAACACAGCAGUCAUUGCCUCAGCCCUCCUGCGCCAUAUCUACAACACCUCCGUUGAUGGCAUUUUUGAUAACGGUCUGGCAGUGACGGAGAAGAGCAUCAAGUCAUGGCUGGAGCUAGUCACCUCUCAGCCGCGCUCACCACAGUUGUUGUCUGGGAAGAAUAGUCCUUUGGUUUCCACCCUCCAUCAGAUUCUCACCAGAUACACCAAUGAGGCGCGAGUCACCUACCUCAAGGCAGACAAGCGUGACCCUGAGUGGGCCUUCUACGAUGUGACCAAAGCGACCAUGGCGGCAUAUGCCGUCAAACCCGCCGCCUUUGACUUCCUGCUGACUCUGGGCAUCUUGGCGUACCUGGGGCUGAUCUAUGUCUUCCUUCAGUACUUCCCUAAAAUCUAUGCCAUGAUGGUGCGCCUGGCAUCCCCACAGAAGACAAAGGCCCACUAGGAGUCAGUGCUGCCCUGAACACUGACUAAGGUAAUGCUUACAAAGUCCCUGAAAUGUGUCAACAAAACCUGUAACCAGUAUUUUGUACAAAUUGUGAUAUAUUGUUCACUAAGUCCAGGGUUGUUUGCUGAUGAGUUUUGUUCGUAUUGAGACACGUAGUUAAUAUACUUUUUAUUGUCAUUACUUCUCAACAUUUUACAUUCUUACCACUAUGUGACUCCAGAUAUGUGUAUUCUCUUGCUAAGGGCCGGGAUCCAACACAGAUGUCUAGAAUUCUUGUUCUUUAUGUUGCUCAUGUUAUGUAUUGUAGAGGAGUAAGAUGAGUGUGGAAAGGCUGUGGCUGGUGUGUGUGUGUGUGUGUGUGUGUGUGUGUGUGUUGACAGUACUUGAACCUGACUGGUCUCAUUUGUGUGUUGUUGAUGACAUAUGUUGGCUGCAUAAAUACACAAACAGUUUUUACUCAAUGAAAAAAAUCCAUAGCUUAAAGUCAUUCUCUCAAGAGGAUCAGGAUUAUUUACUUAAUAACCAGUAAGAAGUGUGAUCUUCACCCCUUGGCUCUGUUGUCUACCACGAAGUUAAAACCCUAGUUCACAUCCUAUUCCUCAAUUUUAUUUCCAAUUAUGCUAUCUCAAACUAUCCUUUUUAUUUCUUCCUAUCUUUGCUUUAUUUACUUUUUAUACAGCUUCUUGUCGUACCUUCCUUUUCCUUCUCUGUAAUUCCAUUUUCACUCAUAUUAGCUCAUUUUAUGACUAUCUCAUUUUUAAGACACAUGAUGAAUGGCAAUCAAGUGGGUUUCACUGUGUUCCAUGGAAAUUUAUAGUCAAGAUUUGAAGAGGACACAUUGUUGUAUAAAGUUAGUGAAUUAAUUUGGAAUAUAAAAAAAGGUGUGGUCAGCAAUCCAGAAAGCAUUUUUUUUAUGGAGAAAUUAACUGCAGCCCCAUAUAAUAACUCUAAACACAAUGCUUGUUGUACAAAGAUUAGUCUGUAUGUCUUGCAGCAAUGAUAACAUAAUAUUAAAUUCUUUGGGUCUUGUGAAUGGAAUGACAUGCAAGAAUAAUGAAGAAUUAGUCAUCAAAUGGGUACCUCAGGCAAUGAUUUACAAGGUAUUCUAAGUUCCAAUAGAAUGUUUUCACACCAGUUGCUGCAUUGCUAUGGUUACAAUCAUCCUAUUUUCCUGGACUCCUUUGAAGAGUGAGUGACCGGUGAGUCAUUACUGGCCUACGCACUUAAAGGGAGUAAGUGUAUUGUAUAAUAAUGACAAUGGUGAUGUACUAUGCAAGACUUUUAAUGUAUUGUUUGGUGAAAUUCUUGUUCUGUAGUUAAGCAUAUACAAUUACUAGUGCAAUUCAUAACAUUUGAUCAAGCUGGAGAGAAAAGAAAGGAGAUAGAAGUGACAAAAUUCAGGGACCAUGAAUGUAUCGGAAGAAGAGGCUUAGUACAAAUUCAUGUGGGAUCAUAAUCCUGACUGUUUCAUUAUGGUCAUAGAACAAAAUCUUGAUAUAGGUGUGUAAGACUUUGAGGCAUACAUCUACAUCUAUAAGAAAUUAAAUUGAAUUUGUAUUCAUUGUGUGUACUAGAUUAAAGGUAAAGGAGUGUGUUCAGGCUUCAUUUGAAAAUAAUUUUAAUGUUGGUUUGCUCUAAGUACGCCUAACCAUCGAGACAGAGACACCUAGCUCGUGGGAGUGAGGUUAUCUGUCACUUGAGGUUGAUGCUUCGAGUGAUGUUCAGUAACGUGCAUAUAGUCAUGUUGCUUCAAACUAAGUGCAGCUUUUGUAAUGAGUGUUUAUUACUCUUUUUAAGGCAUACUAUCUAAGAGUGUCGGGGAUGCUGGUCAAAAUGGCAGCAUACCUUGGGGAUGUCUGUUUAUCCAUAGAAAUAACAGUGACUGAAAACUUCACUGUUAAGGAACACUGGAAUUCGUGGCUUGUUGGAAAAUCAGUGACCGUAAAUAGACAUGGGUUCAAUAAUUCUUAUUGUCUCCCCAAAUAUGAUCCAAGAUGUUGGGCUGGACCACAAGAAACAAAAUCUUGCCAAACUGUGAAAAGUUCGAUGUUACUGUUAAUGCUACUGGUUUUCUCUUCGUCUGUCAAUAUGCCCAAGGCAGUUGUUGCUCCAUGACCACAUACCACCCAAUCAGUCCCUUUAGCUUGUUGGACAAUGGUGUGUGCAAUGGACAUCAGGAGCAUUAGGACACCUAAAGCUUUGAAAUAUUAUAAGGCCAAAUUGCACUUGUUAUUGCCUCAAGGACUAUAACAGUAUUAUUGGAAGUGUAACAGAUAACAUACAGAUUAGUGAAUACCACAACAUUCACUCAUGAAUAUCUAUACUAAAUACAAAUAGAUAUUUAGGGUUCCUUCAUUUUAUAUUUCAAGUUUAAUUAGAAAAUUUCAAUUGCCUGAUAGUCACAAGUGCUUGAUUUUUGUCUAGCCUGUGUAUGGAUGAUUGAAAAUUAUGUCAAGCACUAAACUAGUGUUUCUUAAGCCUUUUAAAGUUGAUUAUAAAUAUUGAUUUUUUCACAGUAAAAGCAAGUAUGCAUUAUUGCAGGCAUAGUAUUUCAAACAAGUGGAAGAUAUGCGACAUUUGUUACCACAGCAGCCACCAGUUGAUAUACUCGUUCAUUUAUUUUCAUUUUGCUCAUGAGUACAAAAAGAUAUUAAAAUAAGUUAAGCCAUGCUUAUACCAGAUACUGUGCAAUGUAGGCAGGAAACAAGAAACAUCUGAUGUCUUAAGACUGCUAAUACUAAAGUGAGUUUACAACAUUGGGUUGACCAGUGUAAUCGUGUUUUUUAACAUCAACUUGUCAAAGUAUAGUACGUAUACAUCAGUGACAUAUUGAAAUAGUUUUUGUAAUCAUUAAGGUCGUGGCAAGAAACACGAUGCUCACCAGGCAAUAUGAUGACAGCUGUUGCACUGAAACAUCACAAAAUUUUCAGACACCACUCCGGCAACUUGCCAGACUCUUCCACCACCACCACCACCACACAUUAAGCCUAAUGAUUAACUUAAGUGCUCUUACUCUGGAUCUGCAGUAUCACACACAUCAUUUUGUCAUUUUUUUUUUAUAUUAUUACAAUUAUUCAACACUUACAACUACAUACCAGAACAUUUAGGGUGUGACGUGGCGUCCAGCCACGAGCCAAACAUUUGUGCUGCCGCAGGGAGUGUGCCGAAGACUUUGUUUCCCCACCAAGUGUACUGAAAGUAUCCAGCAAACACUCAGCCAAAAGUUUCUUCACACACUAAACCCUCUCAAACCUUGCAGUUUUGUCCAGCAAAUAUUGGAAUGUCUUCAUAGAAUUUUGAAGGCACACAAACAUAUGUUUUCUCAAAGCUAUGUCACAUUUUUCAUAGAAAUUAUUCCAAUUUCCAUGUAACAAAACAUGCACAACACACAACACGAGAUUAGCCAACAUUAUUCAUUGCUGCAACAAUGCCACUGACACAGUCAGUUCAUAGGCAGUGUGUGGAGCAGGCAUGUCAUUUGUUUUUUAAAGUAAGGGGUAGGUCAGGAAAACCUGACUUUUUUUUUUUUUGUAAGUGAAGCCAUUGGCACGAAGCAAUGCUAGGGGGGUCGGGGUUAUGCUCCCAUAACAUUUUUGAGAAGAAAGUAAUUUGAAAUUUAUGGGUGAAUUCUAAGGAUCUAAAAUUCCGAUUUCAGUACUCCUGUUUUAUAUUGCCAUUUUUGCUGUUUUUACGUAUACAAAAAUGGGGAUUGCCUUCCCUGCCCCCCAGAAACUGACGCCACUGUGGAGAUGCUUACUCAGAGGUCGUCCCAAUAUGAUGUAAAUAUUAAAGCAACACACCACAAAGGUCAUCACACCCUACUGAAACAACACCACCACACACCACAAGUCCAGUCACAAGCACAGGGUGAAGAUGCUUCUACUUUUUCGCCGAGUGGUCACUACAGUCGACUGCGUAGCUCCCGAUGAGUAUCGCAUACGGUACUUUUCCGUCAACCUGAGACUCAGAUUCGUGAAGCCUCACAAGUUUCGGUUCCUAAAUUUCAGAGUAUUUAUUACGGUGAGGCUGGGCAAUGGACAAGAAGAAACGGCCCAUUGUGUCUACGUACAAAAAGUCAUGACCCUCCAUGGACCUAGAGGGUCAUGAACUCGGGAAACCUAAGCUAAAGACUCAGCGCUUCGGUGUGCGGACGAAACGGGUGCCAUACAAGUGCUUCGGUUUCGCGGUUCAUGAUUCUUGACUGGCUCGGAAAUUUUCGUUCGCAUGGAAGGAGUGGUUUUCGUUGUCGACUGGUUUUACGUUACUGACAGACUUCCGUUGGCGUGUGCGAGGCCUUCCAGCGUCCCGUAAUGUUGUCUUUGCCUUAGUAGGGUAUGACCACCAUUUUGUACGCAUCUUCCCGGUUAGUACGCGUAUAAAAAAUAAAUAGAUAAAGCUUGGAAAACAGCCGAGGUUUGAAAAAAAAAAAAGCAUUUGUUACUUUGAUAGCAUUUCUGUCUUAAACCUUUAGAAAAAUCCCCCUCCCACCAGAGUAUUUUUCAUUCCCCCUUGACGUGCGUACUAAUUGGAAGCGUGCGUACUAACUGGCGAACACACCCUAUGCUACGGAAAUGCUUCGUCAGAGGAAACGGAGAGGCGAGGGACAGCCGCCUCGCCUCUCCUUCCCUCCUGUGUGUGGCUCGGUCGGGAGUAUUUUUCUGCUUCUCUGUAAUUUUUUAACUCUUAAGGGAGAGAUGGGCAUAGAGUCUCCGUGUGUGUCUCUUGCACCGACCUGCCUCUGUCUAUCCAUCCUGCUGCUGUGCUUGUAUAUAUUGUUGGUCUUUAAAUCUGUUCCAGCGUCAUGAUUUUUUUUUCUCGCUCGUUUCCGCCGACUGGAAUAGAGAAAUGAAUAAAUGAUUUCUCUUGGUA